AUGAUGCGAAAACAUCACGAAAACAAAAUGGCUGAUAGACCUUAUUAUGAUCCUGAUAGUUUUAAUCCAGGGUAUCUGGUAAUUUACAAGCCAGGAGUUGGGUUGGUUAAUCCUAAAACUGGUGUUCCAUUGACUAGUUCAAUUCAGCCAACUAUUAAUAAUACCAGAACUGGUCAAUAUAAUCCAGGAGCUAAUAUUGGUAUCAAAGCAAUGGGGAGUGAAAACAAAACUUUGGACAAAAAUUAUGUUUAUGAUUUGGAAUUCAAUGAAUAUUUUGAUUUGAAUAAUUUAUCUGAGUUGUUUAAGAACCUUUUUUGGAAUUUCUUUAAGAAUUAUUGCAAAGUAUUGGUUUACCAACCUUUAGAGAUUGCUAGAUUGGUAUUACAAGUAGGUAAAUUUGAUUUUGGUACACCAAAGCCCAAACCUAUUACCCACAAAUCAAAGGAAAGUGAAUUAAGAACUUACGAAGAGUCAGAUGAAGAGAUCAAUUACUUCCAAUCGACUUCAGAAAUCUGGGAUACUGGUUCAGAGUCCAAUUCUUUAUCAAAUUCUGUUGAAAGUAAAUCUGCUCUCCAUAAGAAAUCUAGAAGGAAACACAAAAUUGACCCUGUUUCCAAACAUACCAUUGAUAUACUUUCAUCAAUUGCUGCAAAAGAUGGACCUAAUGGAUUAUUUAGAGGAUUGAAUGCUCAAUUUUUAUAUCAAACUUUAUCUCAUACCAUUGAAGCAUGGAUAACUGGAUUUUUGUCACCAUUCUUGGGCAUACCAGACCCAUUCUUCUUGGAUUUAACCCAUUCAACUGAACCUAGUAAAUCCCUUUGUUUAUCGGUUGCUGCUUGUGUUCUUACAGGAAUUAUUUUAAUGCCCUUAGACUUGAUAAAAAUCAAAUUAAUGAUUACGAAUUUUACUAAACCUUAUAAAGAAACUGAUGAAACUAAUGACAAACCUGAAGCUGAAGAUAAAAAGGAUGAAAAAGAAUUACCUACCAGAUCAAUUAGAGAAUCAAUUAGGAAUUAUCCUUUACCAUUAUUAAUUAAACCACCAGUUUUAGUAACAUGUUUGACCAUAUUACAUCAAUUUUCAACUAGUGUUUUCCGUAAAUCAGCUCCAUAUAUUCUUUUCAUUAGAUUCAAUAUUGAUUCUUAUUCCUCACCCAAGUUGUAUACUUUAUUUAAUUUGAUCUUGCUGAUAAUGGAAUUUUUCAUCAAAUUACCUGUAGAAAAUCUAUUAAGGAAGGAACAAGUUAGAUUCUUAUUAACACCAAAACCAAAAGAUGUUAAAAAGAUCGUAACCAUUGAAGAUGCAGAAAAUAAUUUAAUUGUUGAAUUCAAUGAUGGUUAUAAGACGGAAAAUAAUGAAAGCACUUUUAAUAAUUUAUGGCAGAGAUUCACCCAUCUUGGUCUUUUCAAUGGUUGGAGAGUCGGGGUCUUGAAUGUUAUUGGAUUUUGGGGUUAUAAGAUCAUGAAAAGUGGUGGGAUAAUGGCUGAAGAACGUUUUUAG